AUCUCGUCAAAUUAGCCCCACGUAGGGAUAACUGCCGAUGUCAGCUCUAAAUGCAAAGGCAAUGCACGCAGUUCGAUGCUAUGGAUUCUUAUGAGUUCAACACCCUCCCCCUCCACCCAUAGUCAGAGGACCCUCGGCCUUCCCCUCACACUGUUAGGUCUUUUAUCCUUCGCUUAUACACGUUUCCUGGACGAUGUGUAGCCCAUUCACUCAAUCGGAACCUUGUCUACAUAGGCAAAAGUCUGCGACAACCAUUUACGUAAGUGCUGCCCGUAUAUAUACUACCAAUUAAACAUCUCAUAUCGUUGUAGUCCUCGUCUACGUCACAACAUUCACACACGACUCGUCGCCCUGAAUCCGAUACAUCGAGCCACUUCCAUUCAUUAAUAGUAUGCACUUCUCAAUGAACCUUAUAGAGCAUCAAGGAACCAACUAUGCCGGAGCGAUGGUCGGCCUGUUCACGAGCGUUGAAACAAUACGAUGAAAGCAUGAUCAAGAAUUGGAAGGAAGAUAUCGACACUGUACUUGUUUUCGCUGGUCUCUUCUCGGCCGUUCUUACCGCGUUCAUUGUUGAACUCUAUCGACAGCUUCAAUACGACCCAGCGGAAGCGACGGCGCUCCUUCUCCAACAGAUUUCCACCCAAGUAUCGCUCCUGGGGACGGAUGCCAUUCAGAACUUCACAGUUCAGACAUAUGCCGGGCCAGACGCUGUCUUCACACCUGAUGCGGACUAUGUCACUAUCAAUACGACUUGGUUCGCAGCUCUCGUCUUUAGCCUUCUCUCAGCACUCAUCGGUCUAGUAGCCAAGCAAUGGUUAAGGGCAUACAUAACUACGCUAUCUUCAUCUCCUCGUGAAAACGUCCGUCUACGUCAGUAUCGCCAUGACGGUCUUGUGAAAUGGCGACUUGCCGAAAUCGUUGGUGCGCUCCCUAUCCUGCUAGAAAUUGCUCUAGUGCUAUUCCUUUAUGGUCUUCUUGAGCUCCUCGCCAAGCUCAACUCCACGAUAUCCGGCGUCAUCUCUGCGUUCGUCGCUAUGACCUUCCUUUUCUACCUCAGCACCGCUGUCAUUCCGGCCUUUUCAUCCAGUAGCCCCUUCAAGUCACCACAAUCAUGGGCUAUCUCGGUUUGUAUCUGGAAAGUAUUACGGCUCUUCAAACGUCUGAAACCAAAAUGGAGCGCUGGAGACAUCCUUGGAGCAUCCAUGGACGAUGAUUCAAUUGGACCUUUACCGGGAAGUUGGAGGGAUCGUGAAGUCGAAUCGGUUCGUCUGCGAGCAGACAGGCUUGAUCGACGGGCAUUGGCUCGGACAUACCAAAGUUCCCUAGAUGAAGACUUCCUCGAUCUCGUCACACCCUGCAUCAAUGAUCUGAAGUCCGAAGACGCGACCACAUUGAUAUUCGAGAUCAUCGCAAGGAGAGGCGAAUGUACUGUCCCCACUCUACUCGAUUCCGUUCGUACCAGUCCGUCUACAUUGAUCCUCAACAAGUUCAUCUUGCGGGCAGGAGAAAGGGGGUCUGAUCGGCUCGUUAGGAUGUUUCUCGACGUUCUACCCAGGAUGAUGCACGACGCUGAGCGCUCGAAGAUUACCGUCCUGGAUAUCCUGCAUGUCUUGCGGAAGCUUAUCACAGAAGCUGAACGGGCCGUGUGCAAGAAUGCGACCCAUAGGAAAGUGUUAGAUACCCUGGCUCUACUCAUUGACGAACGAGGAACGUAUCAUAUUCAGAGAGCUUCAUUACGGCUUCUCUGGGAAAUGUCCCACUUUGGUUGUAACAUGGAUUAUUGUCCUGAUGGCAUCGGAAAUGUUAUCCUCACUGCGAGAGACGCUCUUUCUCGAAACGAUCAUGAUACAUUCGUUCGCGCCAGUAACGUCCUACUACUUCGUCUUCCCUCCCUUGAGGGCCACGACUCUUGGCAUGGCCGCGAAUGGCUUGAUAGUUGGAUUCGCGACCUUGAACGCUACUUCCGUACACGAAACCUCUUGGGCCUCCGGUAUGAUGUUCAUGAUAUCAACACACAGUGGUGCUCCGGUUUGGUUGCUAUCUCUACCAAGGAAAGAGAACUCCUCCGCGAGGGUCUCAUUCUUGCCUUAGAAGAAGGCGCAAUGCGUGGACUUGUAGAUUGCGACUUUGAAGAGGGCGAUGCGCUCAACCAUUUGAGGGUUACCUAUUUGACAGUGGAGCGUUUCUCGUUCGGUUUUCCUGUCUUCCGGUCACAUUCCAUGGCGUCACAUUAUGUCGAAGACAAGGGCGUCACAGAGGUGCAGAUGGAAGAAGCGAAACAGGAAUACGGUGAAGAAGACUAAUACAUCCACACGAGGGAUUAGAUGUAAUAGGUGUCACCGCACCCAGACUUACGGCUCUGCCGUAAAGGUAGAGACUUCCAAGAAUCGUUGCUUCCGCCGCCCCAAAGCUAUUGCAACCAAUUCUGUAUAACCCUAACGAGUUUCCGCGAAGAAUCGUCACGCCAGAAGUGUGUUGCCCCCUUGACUUUCGCAAUCUCCAAUGUGCCUCUUCCCUCGCCUUGAACUUCCUUGCGCAAAGCGUCGGCCCAACUGUCAUAGCUCCCCACGCCAGUGAAAUCAUCUUGGUCACCGUAGAUUAUUAGAACGUUGGAUCGUGGUUCAUGGAGCAGAGAGUUGAGUGCCGCGGUGUAUAACUUCCCAUUGAAGGCCGUCAACCAUGAUCGAGGACCCAAUGGGUAGGAGAGAAUGAUAUGUGAGGUCUUUAUCUGGUCAAGGAGGGGAAACGACGAGGCAAUCAAAGACCCGUAUGAAUACCCCUAACGGCAGUAGGACAGUAACAAUAGAUAUCAUUAGCUAACCCAUCCAGCUCUCAGUCUAUACAGUUACACUUACAACAAUUAGUACGGACUCUAUGGAAGGUAUCUGAGAUAGGGCCCAAUGUACCAGCUCGCGAAGGUCCUCUGCUUCGCGUGUGCCAGU